GUGUGUGUGUGUGUGUGUCAGUAAAGGGGGGGUCACUCUUCGGUCCACAGACAUCUCAACCGUCACCAUGUGACCUUUUCUACCUGCCAGUUUUGAAACGCUUCUUUGUGUUUCCUUGGAGAGAGAAUCUAUAUUUGGGUGAUUGUUUGACGAGCUUUAAUUUCCGCUGGAUGUUUUCUUUGGUCGGUUGGUCUCCUCGGGGUCUCGGGGGGCUCCCACGCAGCUCCUCUUCAUUUGAGUCUAUUCAAAGGGUUGUUUUGGGCUGAUGGAGGAAAACCAGGAGUCUGUGUGGAUGUUUUUGCAAUAAUUUGAAAUAAUGGUAAUAAAAUACACUGUACACGGCCUUAGCAUUUUAUUGUGGCCUUCUUUCAAUUUAAAAUAUUUCUUUUAAUAUUGUGGCCUCUCAGCAUUACAACUCGUGUUUCUGUUUAUUUCUUGUGAUCCUUAUACUUUGUAACAUUUCAACAAUAUGCAGAAUUGAAAAUGUCAAAUGAAUCUUUGCUGUGGUGAAAAUUCCAGAAUCCGACGUCAAUGUAAACGUAAAUGCACUGUGCUGUUAACGGCAGGAAUCCCAUGUCUUUAUAUAAAAAAUAUCUAUAUCCCUACGCCUUUCAGAGAGGAUAUUCACCUUUCUGACAUCAACAAUUCAGGGACAUAAAGAAAUGAGUCGUGAAAUAAUUCUGGAGUUUAAUAAACUGUGAAAUGUUAAACAAGCGGUCGAAAUUUGUAUUAUUAGUUUGAUGAACUAAUUUCAAAUCCAAUCUGAACUCAGGAUUGAUCAGACUGCAGAGUUGACUUGAUGCUCCAGCUGGCGUUAGCCGCCGCUAGCUGGCGUUAGCGUAGCUUGAGCAUCAAGUCAGGGCGUGCCAAGAGCCGCUUCCUCUUUUGCUGCUCUGUGUUUAGGAAGCAGCUGCUUCGGGGGGGUCAGAGACUGUGACGGACCUGGGUGUGUGUAUGCAAAGCAGCGUGUGUGUGUGUGUGUGUGUGUGUGUGUGUGUGUGUGGGCGGGCAGGGGGGGUCUUUGUUUCACAAGCGUCUGAAGAGAAGCUCCAGCAAACACCACCCAUGGGCCUGACACACUCGCGCACCCAGCUGUUCCCGGGCGACAUCGUGGAGUACCCCAGGAACAAGUACUUCUCUCACUUCGCCGUGUACUACGGCGAGAGGGACGGCGUCGCCUACGUGGCCCACCUGACGUGUCGAGAUUCUGACUCCAAGCUGCCGCUCUUUGGCCGAGCUCUGAGGUCAGAGGUCAAGCUGGAUCCACUGGAGCUGCUGGGGAAAAAGUACAAGGUCAGCAACAUGCUGGACGACUCGUUCUCGGUCAGAGACUUCUACGGCGCAGUGAAGCCCGACAUCGACCAGCUGAUUGGCCGCCAGCUCACCUUUGACAUCUUGUUUCACAACAGCGAGCACCAGGCCACACUCCUCAGAUACGGAGUGAAGAAGUCGCAGCAGAUCGAGAGAAUCUACGCGCACAUCCAGCCGGCCUGGAAGAAUCUGUUUGAGGAGAAGCAGCUGUGAAGAGACUUCUCCCCCCGACCACCAGGGGGCCACGUCGUCCCCCAGGAGACGAUUAUGACGUCAGACAUAACGAUCCCCAUUUGUUCUAGAAGAACGGAUGAAAUGGUGGGGGAAACAAAAGUCACUAUGUAAGGUCAUAUCAUGAAAAGGGUCCAAUAAUAUUUUUUUAACCCUAAAAUUUUAAUCCAAAUAUGUAAGGUGGAAAAAUAUCAUGAAAAAGAAAACAUAACGAAUAAAUGUCAUGUCUUUUUCUACCUAAUUUAAGACCCAAAAUGUUUGACAUUUCGACAAAGGAAGUGUCUUUAAAGAGGUACAAGGACGCGUGAGCGUUUUCGAAACGUUGAAUGCGAGUUCCCUUUAAAUGUAAUGUGUCAAAUGAUGUCUUCUUUGUGCAAAGGUAAGAAAGCUACAGUAUAUCAGCAUUCUGGAAAAUCUAAAUAAAUGAAUAUUGUUAACAACA